CAUCCAAGAGCCGUACAGCGCCUGCACUUAUACCUGGGACUGUUCUUGCCGGAGACGUCGAUUGAACAAUCAAGUCGGCCGUAUUGAUUGGACGUGUCUUGCACAAUGGCGACUCACACUGCCAUGGCCCAGGGUGGCGACGCAUCUUUGCGUGAUACCCUGGAGCAACGCAUCGGCAUCACCCACUUUGUGUCCACGAGGGAGCACAGCUGGAACGGCUCGAUACGCACAAGAUACACCGACUUUCAGGUUAAUGAGAUCAACAAAGCUGGUGAAGUUGUUCAUCUGAAAGAGUUCUACACAAACGCAAAGGAUUUUGCCAGAGCCGAGUCUUCACGUCUAGAGCCUCAGGACAAUUCGGUCUCGCAGCCAGCGGAUGCCCAGGCCCAAUCUGCAACUCAGACAGAAACAGUCAAGAACGGGGAACCGAACUCUGACUCCAAGAGCACGUCGGAAAGCAAAGUUGAGGAGGCGAAGGAGUCGGUAGACGGCCCGACAGAUUCUGAUCGUACCCUUCUGGCGGAGCUCGUUGGUGCUGAUACCGCACAAGAGCUGUCCGGGCUAUACGACAAAAUACUGCAAGAUCCCAAGGCGAAGGCUCAGAGUCAUGGAUCGGUACAGAUCCCUGCAAUUGAAGACAAAGGAACUCGAUCCCGCAUUCACACUGAAAUUCGACGCAUCUUUGCUGGCAAGAUCGACACCAGCACCGGAAGUGAGAACACCAUCAAGGCAGCGGCGUCGGGAGGCAAGGGCCAGCGCCGGCCUGACAACGAUCGUAUGCGUGGUCCCCGGCAAGAUGGUGGUCAGCCCAAAGGCAAAUUCCUUCACUUUUCGCUCUACAAGGAGAACCGGGAGACCAUGGAUGCCGUUGGCCAGCUCGCUCGUGUGCUGAACCUCAAGAACAAAGACUUUGGUACGGCAGGCACAAAGGAUCGGCGAGCCGUGACGGUCCAACGAGUCAGCAUCAAAGGUCGCAACCCGUCAUCGCUAGUGUUCAUCAACAACAACCGCAUACCUGGAGUCAAAAUUGGAGACUUCAAGUAUGAGGAGUACCCUCUGAGGCUUGGGUCUCAUGGCGGCAACGAAUUCGUCAUUGUCCUCAAAAAUUGCGUAUUCGACGGCACGGAGGGGAUGUCGUUCGACGAGAUCCUCGAUGUGGCGAGGACAACGACAGAAGCGGCACUGAAAGCUACCGAGCAGAGAGGCUUCCUCAACUACUUUGGUACCCAGAGAUUCGGCACACACGAGAUCGGCACUCAGGACAUCGGCAUUAAGAUCCUGAAGGAAGAUUUCGAGGGGGCCGUGAAGAGCCUUCUAGCGUACGAUGCCUCAUUGCUUGAUGCUCCGGAGCAAAAAGAAGGCGAGUGGACGCGCAACGACGACAUCAUGAGGGCCAAAGCCUGCGCCGAAUUCCUCACAACGGGGAACGUCCAGGCCGCAGUGAAGCUGCUCCCCCGGCGAUGCCAGGCAGAAUACAAUAUGAUGCGCCACUUGGAGAAGCAGCCCAAGGACUACAUAGGAGCCAUUCAGUCCAUCAACAGGGGUAUGCGGACCAUGUAUGUCCACGCCUACCAGUCUCUUGUGUGGAACUUUGCAGCCAGCAAGAGGUGGGAACUAUUCGGGGAUCGUGUCGUCAAAGGUGACCUCGUCAUAGAGCAGCAACCUGCAGUUGCGACUGCAGCCAAAGUAGAGCCUGACGAGAUUGACGAAGAAAACAUCCACCUUCAAGGGACCAACGAGGCAUCCGAAGCCGCCCAGGACUUCGAGCGUGCGCGGCCGCUAACCGAGGAAGAGGCCAGCAGUGGCAAGUACAGCAUAUUCGAUAUUGUGCUGCCCACUCCUGGAUUUGACAUUGUCUAUCCGGACAACGACAUUGGCCAGUUCUACGUCGACUUCAUGGCCAAAGAGGAGAAUGGUGCGCUUGACCCACACAAUAUGCGUCGUAGACACCGAGACUUCAGCCUACCUGGGUCGUACAGGAAGGUCAUGGGCAACUUCAUCAAGACACCCUCAAUUUCUGUCCAGACGUACACAGAUGAUCUGGAGCAGCUUGUGCCGACAGAUCUUGACCUUAUUCUGCAACAGCAAGGCAAGCCCAAGACGGAGCAACGGGUGGCAUACCCCAGAGGCGAGCGGAGGAAGGCAGAGGACGCUGUACAGGAGGAUGAACCGAGCAGCAAGAAGGCCAAGACGGCAGAGCCAGCAAUGAAAAACCUCCAGGAAAAUGGCCCGGCAAGUACAGAAGGACCAGAAUCUGCGACUGAGCCUAAGGAGGCUCUAGCUGUACGCCCGCCACCAGGAGCGACUUCAUCUACCGAGGAGAAGGACAAGAAGAUUGCGGUCAUUCUGCGGAUCGCCCUUGAUACCAGCCAGUAUGCGACCAUGGCGAUCAGGGAGCUUCAGGGUCGUUAUCGUGGAACCAGUAAAGUCGCAGAAUAGAUGAUAGCCUUUCGAGCCAUGAUAGUAUAUCCGUGGUGUACACUUCGCUCAUGGGCAACGGAGAUAGCAAUUUGAUUGAGUGGAGAAUCUGCGAUGGUGUGCCUUGUAUUUAGGUCCGCACAAUUCAGCCCAGCUCGUCCGAG